AUUGGGUGGGCGACUUGGGCGAGUCCAUCGGCCCCGUCGACUACGGCUGCGUGCGCCGGUGCCGUCACCGCCGGCUCGCCACCUACCUCUGGCUCCACGGCUUCCGCGACGCCCUGCGAGGGUUGCUCAACGAGACAGACGCGUACAUGAGCGUCAUCCACCUGUCGCGGCUGGUGCGGCAGGGCCUCUGGGACGACGCCAUCGCCUACGUCUCCCGCUUCCUCCGCCCGGUAUCGCACCCGCAGAGCGACGAGGCACAGGUGCUCCUCCACUUCCUCAAGCACCACGCCCCCUUCGCCAGCAUGGUCGCCGGCGUGCCCGACCGCAACCUCACCUACUUCAACCGCAAGUACAACACACGGUACCUCAAGCACGACGACUCCAUCUCCCACGACGCCCUCCGGAUCCGCUCCAUCGUCCUCUCCAUUCUCCACUUGGAACAAGUCAGGUCCUCCCUGGACUGGGAGCGCGUUCGCUGGAAGGCCUCUCAAAUCGUCAAACACUUGGCUUACAAGGCUCCUGAGUUGAAAGGCCUGGUCAUAUUGCCGGGCGGCUCAACGAUGCCACACGAUGUACUUCCCAUCGGAUUCAGGUAUCGUCGGAGGCGCCACGUCAAGGAACAAGACCUGCCACGACCUAAAACACUGGCCAAGAUCUUCCUUAGGACCAAGAAGAGGCUGCCUUCGUCAACUCGCAGUCACGACAUAAACAGGGGAUUGACAGACAAGACAAGGAUGUGGCACGCAGAUCUUAUUGAUGAAAGCUUGCAAGCUGGUCUGGAACUUCAAUCAAGUGGGAAGGAAGGUGUUCCUGGUGCUCCAGUGUUGAACACCAUGUCUGGUACCGCAACACAUCUUACUAAAAAUUCUGGGGCCUCGUCGUUGACAAAUGCAGGUGCUCCUAUUGCUCCAGCUUCGCAAACUAUGUUAGCAUCUUGACAACAUGUGUGGAAGUAUCUGGUAUCUCAUCGGUCACAAAUCCAGGUGCUCUUGCUGCUUCAGUCUCGCAGACAGUGCUCAGAACACUGGAAUCGCAUCAGUGACAAAUGCAGCUAAACUAGUUGAACACCACCAGUUGUUUUUAUACCAGGAAGAAACUCCAUUUUGCUUCAGUUGAUCCCUGAUAUUGUUGUCAGAAAACAACAAAUAUAUAGUCAAGUGUCUGCUUGCAUUGUAAAUAUAACAUGUGAUAUCCGUAUUUUAGUUUCAUUUGUUCAGUUACAGAGGUGGCCUUGCUACCUUUACCUGCCUUUUUGCCACUUGUUUCCU